CGACAUCGCUCGCAUUGCUACUCGAUAAUUUUUGCAGCUAUGUCACGGGGCUGACGAAGUAGACGUUACAACAACUACUCAUCCCCAAGAGGCUUGCAGAUUGCAGUUGAUUUACCAAAAAGGAGGUGCUUACAAAAGCACAAACGAUCAAUGGCAGAUACAGAUAACUUGUCUCAUAAGAAACGGGGUCCAGAAGAAGGGGAUUCCUGCCCCGCGAAGCAGCCUCGACUUAGCGCCGAUGCAAACGCUAGUGGGGGUUCUCCGGUGGGAACAAGCAAGGCGGAUGCCCAUCGGAGCCCUGAUGGCCCAGGUUCCAGUAGCAGCGGCGUUGCGCUGUUCACACCGCUAACAGCGGCCUACAGCGAAGACAAGGGGUGCAGGAGCACUAUGGAGGACGUGUGUGUGCUGCAGCUGGACGCGCGACGGGAACCAUCGGCGGCAUGCAGGUUGGCGCACUUUGGUAUCUUCGACGGUCACGGCGGCCUGUCGUGCGCCUCCUUCGCGGCGCAGCACCUGCAUGCCCGGGUGCUGGAGGCGGGGCUGCUGCGCAAGGGUCUGCAGGGCGGCAAGGCGGAUGCCAAGGCAUGCAAGGCGAGCAUCGCGGAGGGAUUCAAGACCACCGACGAAGCCUUGCUCAAGGAGUGCGCGUCUAAGAACUGGCAGGACGGCGCUUGCGCGGUGGCGGUGUGGGUGCUGCAGGACCUGGUGUGCGUGGCCAAUGUGGGGGACGCCAAGUGUGUGCUGGCGCGCAUGCCUGAUAAGCCAUCGAGCAGCAACCCCGUCGCGAGCAGUGCCGCCCAACCUCAGCCUCCGCAGACCUCCCCCGCCGCUGCUGCUGCUGGCGCCUCCGUCCCCGCCCCCGCCUCCAAGCCCAAGGCUAUCGUGUUGACCAAGGAGCACACGGCGCUUCUGGAGCGGCAGCGGAUUGAGAAGGCAGGCGGCUCUGUGGUGAAUGGCCGGCUGGCGGGCCGCAUUCAAAUCGCCCGGUCGUUCGGAGAUGCCGCGUUUAAAAAGCUCGGGUGCUCCUCCACUCCGGACGUGACGGCCUUUCCGCUCACUCGCCGGGACUCCUUCUUGUUGCUGGGCUGCGACGGCUUCUGGGGGGUGUUCGGCGCUCAGGAGGCUGUUGACACGGCUGCUGCGCUGCUGGGUGAGGGACAGGCCGUCAAGGCCGUCACCAACCGACUUCUCAACAUCGCGGUGCGGGAGAAGCGCUGCAAGGACAACUGCAGCGUGCUGCUGGUGCGGUUCGGAGGCAGCGAGGGAGCGGGAGGGGCAGCGGGAGGGGCAGGUGCAGGGGCAGGCAGCUGAGGAAGGGGAAGGGGAGAUGGGGAGGAGUUGGAUGGCUGUGUGCAGCGCUGGGGCGGUUUCGGCAGCGUUUCGGUAUCGUUUCCCAGCGCGGCUAGAAGCAGCAUGCUGUUGAUGUUUCGGGCUGAAGUGGGCUGUGGUAGGAGAGGAGAGCAGCGUAGACGGCUCGUGGAGGCAGGUAGGGAGAUGAGAGUGUGGAGCGCUGUAAGAACCGGGUACCCAACACCAGAGCGAGUGAACGAGAGGGAGGAAGUAAGAGACCAAAUAGAAAGGAGGAAAGGUUACAUAGGCGACAGGCGACUGGAUUUUCUAUCCACCGGAUAGGCGAGCAGCUGGCCGUAGCAGACCGAAUAUAGCGAGAUGGCACGUAUGCAACCACAGGAAACAAAGUUCAUCUGAAGGUCAAGAAUAGCACGAAAUGGUGCACAGACGUUUGGUGUGGGCAGUGUGCGGUGAUAGUUGCCCCGUCAGACCGGAUCGCCACAACAGCGGCUGUAACCCCUCGCUCGCUUUGACAACGGCAAUCUAGUAUGUGUCCGGUACAUGAUUUGUAGUCCGGUACAUGAUUUGGGAGGCGUUGGAGCCACAGAAUGAAGCGGUGGAACGUCACCGCCUGUAACCAGUUGUAACCCAACAGCCAA